GAUUCUAUUUAAGAGGGAAAUUUUUGAAAUUCUUUAGGUCUAAAACAUAUGCAGUGGUAGAAUUCCCCGAAGAGGAGGAAGUGGAUGUGGUUCCUCUAACAUGGCUUAAAGAUAACGAACAAAAAUAUAGGUGGCCAGUACUGAAAUCGAUCAAAAAAGUACAGCUUGCUGUAAAAAAUGCCAUUCAACCAACAGAAAAUUACCUGUCCGUGUUUUGUACAAAGCAUGUAAGUGAUUUCACUCAAUAUUACUGUACAACUUUUCUUAAAUUUUUGUUAAAAGGAGGUAUUUUUAAUGUUAAAUGACACACUUAUAUGCAUACUAAUAUAUUGUUAGCUGACUAUGAAAAAGCCAGGAAAAAACUAAAAUUAGCAGAGGUUACUUCGGACCUGCAGACCGAUGCAGAAGAGGCAUCCCUAGCAAAAUUGGGCAAACGCAACAAAAGACCAAACCCCCGCUAUGAGAGUGAAACAGAGGAUGAAGUUGAUGAACCUAUAAUUAGGAGAAAGUCUCCCAGGAAAAAGACAGGCCCUCCAGCUCCAAUCAUUCCCGAGCCUCCGUCUACGCCUGUUAUUGCCAGACAAGCAUCACCACCACCUUUACCAACUCUCUUUUCCACACCUUUACCUUCAAGUACAUCAGAUUCCCUAUUACAGUUUUUCAGUUAUGAAACCAUAUUCGGCCCCCUUAAAUUGAUUGACUUUAUAUUUUCAGCAUUUGAAAGAAAAUUAAUUUCAUCCAUCGAAGAAGUUAAAGUUCAGGUGAAGUUGAACACAAGUUUGCUGCAGAAUGUACUGAAAAGGAUAGAUGCAUUUGACAAAGAAGAGCAUGAAGGUGAUGCAGGAGAAGAACUCAACAUAGAUUUGCCUCUCAUUAACAAGGACAAAGUUAUGGCACUGGAGGAAAGCCUCAAAACCGAAAACACUUUCAAGAGAAUGGUUAAAUCACUGAGGACCAUAGGUGGGGAGAAUUUGAAGGCAAGUGUGAGGAGACUUUUGUCUCAUAUUUUCACCAACAAUUUGGCCCGCCAAAUUAACUGGUUAGGAAAGGGGGAGAAGAUUGCCUAUUCCAAAUUGAAGUUAAAGGACCUCAUCAUUGCCACUGUCAGAAAAAAUCCAUUAUGCUGCAAUGCUACAGAUGUGGAAAUUUCAGCGAUAGCUAGGGACUGGUUUCGCUAUGCGGGUGAUAGGGAUGGUGGAAGGAAACUGAGAGAGGAGAGGAAACAACAACAGCAAAAAGAAAAACAGACAGAAAACACACAGGAACCGGAAGGGGAUACAGAUGAUUAAUUUUAAAUGGAACUUUUUCCUUGAGAUAUUAAUUUUUCAUAUGAACUUUUUUUCAUUCUUCAACUCCAUUAUUUACUUGAAAACUUUUAUACAAGACAUAAUGAUG